UGCCUGCCUGCCUGCCUCCCUCCUUCAAUGCCACCCUACUCGUCUCGGGCUGGAGCCCGGAGUUGGGGCAGAGGCGGGCAGGCUCGGCGCAAGGAGUCUCUCUGCGCCGCCUCAGAGCCCGCCGUGGGAUGCUCUGGAGAGCCGGCCCGAGCUGGCCCUUCGCCCGAGCCGGCGAGAAGGAGGCGAGGAGGCGUCUGACAAGAAAAGUCCGAGGCGCAGAACUUGGGAAGCUUGGAGCCCGUUGGCGUUGAAAGCCUUGGAAGCGCGGCAAGCACUGAGGGAAAAGGGACCUCCAAGCCAUGCCUCCGUCGCGGCAGCCGAGAGGGUUGGAUUGCCUGCUGCUCGCCUUCUUCCUCUGCACAGUGGUGGAAUGCCGAGGGGGAAUUGUGGACAGCAUGCAGCGGUUUGCAAGCUUGCCAGUGUACCUCCCGGCGAGUUAUAGCAUCUCCAAUGCCAACGUUUCCUUCUUCUUGAAGGAAACCAACCAGGAUAUCAUGAGGAAUGCUAGUUUGCAGUCCCGAACGGAGCCUUUCUUGGUCUAUCGAACCAAUAGCUUGCCUGGGUUAAAUGCUACUUAUGGUCCAUUUACUGUGGAACAAACCGUGCCUCCGAACCUCCUGCAGACCUCUGCUUUGUUCAGUUUUGCUGACCGGUUCACUUUUAACUGGAAGUUACAGUCGCAUAUCAUUGACAGCUCCGUCUAUUCUAACAGGCCCAAAGUCCAAGCUUUGUUCUAUGUUUCUGGCAAAGACUGGGAAGACUAUGAUCCUUCUGAGAUCCUGCCCUGUGUGCGGAUGAUGGCCUUCCAGGAGGAUCGAGUGGCUGUCAGCAGCUGUCGCUUGAAAGGUCCUUUGGGGUUAUGUGUUGCCGAGCUGGAGUUCUCACCAAGCUGGUUCAACCCUGCCUUGGCCACUGCAUUGCCACCAUCACUUCUAGAGUUUCAACAGAUGGCCAGUUCCUUGGAAGGGACUACUGUGGAGCUUUUCUAUUGGAUGUAUUCAGUGAAUGGGGAGUGUUCUUCAGAGGACCAACGCCCCGAAAACUUUCUACACCCAAAAGGCCAAGAGAAAGCACAGCUGCCUUUAGUGCCAAUGGAGAGAAUUGGAAGUAUUAUUCUUUACCCAGUUCAAGACAAGCUGAAGAAAUCUGUCCUGAAUCUUGAUGACAACGUUGUGCUGUCUUUGCCACUCAGCCCCGUCAAGAAAGGGGACCUUGUCAUGUUUCAUGUAUCCCUCGCCAGUGGCUCUCGAACAGAUCAGUUUACACUAAGAAUUAAGGCUGCUCCAGGUGUGAAGAUAAUAGACAUCCGAGUCAGCGAUCCAGACCAAUGGGGAGUUCAACAAGAUGUAGACAAUGGAAGGACACAGACCACUGCCACCAUUGUAUGCGAACGCUUCGAUCCAACCACAGAGAGCAGGGUGAACAUCUCCUCCUAUGAGAUCCUGCAGAUGGACUUUGAAAUUGACAACAGCAGUGGGCUAGUUGGGGUCCAGCAAAUCACUUGGCAGGUUGAAUACCCUCGAGAUGAUGCUGUGAGUGAGCUUGUGGUCUCGGAGAUCUUUGUCAGCCAAGCAACAUUUUCCGGAAUUGUUCCACUCGCAAUGGACACAGAAGUCCUCAACACAGCCAUUCUGACAGGGAAGCCGGUGUCUGUCCCAGUAAAAGUGGUUGCUGUUGAAGAGGACGGAUCAGUACAAGAUGUGUCCGGAUCGGCUGAAUGCAAAUCAGCAGAUGAAGACGUCAUAAAGGUUUCUGACAACUGCAACGCCAUCUUUGUUAAUGGGAAGGAAAUGAAAAGCAAAGUGGACACCAUUGUGAACUUCACAUAUCAGCAUUUUACCACCCAGCUAGAAAUCACUGUAUGGGUCCCGCGACUUCCUCUUCAAAUAGAGAUCUCUGACACAGAACUGAGCCAGAUCAAAGGCUGGAGGAUCCCUGUCACCUCCAACAAAAGGCCGACACGUGACAGUGACGAGGAAGAAGAUGAUGAAAAGAAAGGCAGAGGCUGCACCCUUCAGUACCAGCAUGCCAUGGUGCGAGUCCUGACCCAAUUUGUUGCAGAAUCAUCGGACUUUGGAGGCCAGCUGACCUACAUGCUUGGUUCCGAGUGGCAGUUUGACAUCACAGAUCUCGUGGCUGAUUUCAUGAAAGUGGAGGAAUCGAAAGUCGCCAAGUUACAAGAAGGCCGUGUUCUGGUUGGCCGUGAGCAAGGGAUUACAACUGUUCAGGUUCUUUCUCCUCUCUCGGAUUCCAUUUUGGCUGAGAAGACUGUGAUUGUACUGGAAGAUCGAGUGACCAUCACAGACCUUGGGGUACAGCUUGUGGCAGGCUUGUCCCUCUCACUCCAGACAAGUAAAGGAAACAAGAGAGUGAUUGUCACAACAGCAUCGGCAUCAGAUAUCCUUCAUUCACCCAAACAGGAAGCUGUUGUGAGUGCUUGGAUUCUCUUCAGCGAUGGCACUGUGACACCCUUAGACAUCUACGACAUGAAAGAUUUCUCUCUCACCAUAACAUCAUUGGAUGAAAUGGUGGUGUCCAUUCAUGAAAGUCAAGAGGAAGACUGGCCCGUGGUAGUGGCAGAAGGAGAAGGUCAAGGGCCACUGAUUAAAAUAGAAAUGGUGAUCAGUGAGCCUUGCCAGAAGUCCAAGCGGAAGAGCAGCUUGGCUGUUGGGAAAGGAACCAUCAAGGUCAAGUUUGGCCAGAAAGAGUCAGAUCACAAAGGGGACACUAAUGAUGUUGAAGAUGCUGAUGCUGAUUUUAAAAACCAAGGGGGUAAUGGCGUAGAAAAGUCAUUGGAGCAAGAAAGGUCAGGGCAAGACUGGCAUAAGUAUGGAGUUUCCAUGAAUCAUGAAGAGGCUACCAACCAAAGCACAACAUCCAAACCUUCUGUUCAUCAGAACACACGUGGAGAUGGCCAACUCCAAAACAGUCCAACCUCUUUUACAACCUUUCCCAUACAGGUCGACAUUCCUGGGCAGAAUCUCCCAGGGGAUCUCCUUUUGAAUCCCAGAGGACUAACGGAUCUUGAGAUAGGCAUGUAUGCACUACUAUGUGUCUUCUGCCUAGCGAUUUUGGUCUUCUUAAUCAACUGUGUGGCGUUUGCAUGUAAAUACCGGCACAAGAGGUUUGCUGUUAGCGAACAGAGCAACCUGCCACAUUCCCAUGACUGGGUGUGGCUUGGCAAUGAGUCCGAACUCUUGGAGAAUACAGUGGACAUUUCACUCCCAUCAGAAGAAUGCACCACCAUGAUCGACAGAGGGAUGCAAUUUGAGGAAAGCAAUUUUCUCCUCAAUGGGAGCUCUCAGAAGAACCUCCACAACCAGAUCCUUUUCUCACCUGAAUACGAUUGUGAGAAAGAUCUCUCAAACGAACCUGUCAAUCCCCCUGGGCCCAAGCGGAAAAGGGUCAAGUUCACCUCCUAUACCACAAUCUUGCCAGAGGAUGGUGGCCCUUAUACCAACUCCAUUCUUUUCGACAGCGAUGAUAACAUCAAAUGGGUGUGCCCAGAUAUGGACUUAGAGGAUUCCCAAGACCUUAGAGACUAUAUGGAAAGGCUGCAAGAUAAUAUGUAAAAAUGCAAAAUAAAAUUAUAUAUAAAGAGAGAAGAAGAAGAAAACUUUCUUACGUUUGUAUUCACCUUUAUGCCUUCUGUUUUAUGGAUAAUGGAACAGUCAAACCAGCCAGCAAUAUAAGACUCUCCAAUUCUUUUGGAGGUUCAGAGACAAUAACUUCACAUCAUUGUGAUCAGGUGCAAGAAAAAUCUGGCUGUGUUAUCCUGUUUUUGUCAGAUACAAGGGUGUGGGCUAUACCCUCCAAACAGCUGCUUAACAAUCAUAGAGGUAAUGGCACCCACCCAGAUGUUUUUCUUAUGUCGCCUGAUACUAGUAAAUACUGACCCAGCUACGGCUAGACUCCGAAGAUGGUUGAGCCUAUCCUGUGACGACAAGCCGUUACUUUGGAAAAAUGGACAAUGUUGUAGGGUGGGGUGGGGGAAAGGAAUUUUUUUCCAAGAAAAUACUCUUUGUAAAAGCACAGUAGACAUUCUUUGCUUAUGGCAGGAAUCUCAGCUCCUUUUAAAGGAUCAGAAUGAAUUGGCCUAAUGUAAUCUGUUUAUUGGAAGUACAAGCAAAUAUAUCCUUUUGGGUUGUCUUUUUCUUUUCCUCUUCUCUUCUUCCCCUUCACUUUCGCCACCACUUUUUCCUUUCCUUUCCUUUCCUCCUUCCCCUCCUGCUCCUCCUGCUCCUCCUCCUCCUCCUCCUCUUCCUCCUCCUCGGCCGCCGCCGCCUCCUCCUCCUCCUCCUCCUCCUCCUCCUCCUCCUCCUCUUCUUGAAAACCAGUAUUUAUCACUGUGGUUAAUUUGUUUGACUGUAUCAUUUAUAUAGCUUUCUUGAUUUUAUUGGUAAAUUUGCUCUUUUCUGCUGGGGAGAUUUUUCCCUCCCUGGUUGUACCAAAGUGUGCUACAAUAUAUUCUGAUUAGGGCUGCAACGUUUAGUCGAUAAAUCAAAUAGAGACCUUGUGAAUGAGGAAGAAAUGCACCCCCCAAGUUAACUGGGAAGCAGAUUCUUUUUAAAAAAACCAACAGCUUUUAGUAUGAAUAUUCCAAAGCAUCUUAGCAGAGGCACAUAUGUAGAUGACAAAAAAGAAAAAGAAAAAAAGAGCAGGGCAGCUACAUUGCUGUAUCCCCAUUCUUCAAACAGUGACCCUGACAAUAUUUUCUAAAACACCAGACACCUCCUUGUUUUAGGAUGUGAAUAAAACUUUUAAGGUAUUUCCUUUCUUGUGGCUGCUAUACAGGAACAGAAUGAGCAAAGUGAAAACCUUCAGAUGGUGUUAGACUCCAGCUCUCAGAAUCCCAUACUUUUUGCUAUCCUGUAUAGGGCUGUGAUUCAAUGAAGCUGGAUGGUUGUGCUUUGUCCACCCUGGAUAUAGGAAAACGAAAAGCUAGAAUAAUUACUAAGCGGUCAUGCAAUCACGCUGGCCACAUGACCUAGGAGUUGUCUAUGGAUUUAGAAUUGAGUUGGACUCAACUAGACUUAAUGUCAAGGGGAAACCUUUAACUUUACCUUUAGGGGUGGACACUUCUUUCCUUUCCUUGGAUGAUAUCGGUACUCCCCACUUGCAGUCUGAAUUGUAACACUCCUCUGCAAGGAUGUGUUUAUUUCUGUUUAAAAUGCAUUUGUGUUUAAAUUUCAGUGGCCUGAAGCAGAUCAUAUAUUAAAAGCUCAGCAACCAAAAUCUUACCUUUUGUCCCAACCAGGGCUUGUUUACAUUAAAAAAAACUGUAUUCACCCUGACUCUGACGCUGGAAGUCUUCAGACCAUAUCACAUUGGGAUCUCCUCUUUUUCUGAGACUUUUUGAAUGGGAUUCCAAAUGGGUCCUAUCAUAUGACAUUUGACCCAUUCCGUCAGUAAUCCAUUGGAAUUUGUCUUCAAAACAUUACAGAAAUGGCAUAAUUGCACACAGGAUUCUAGAAGUCUUUUUAAAAAUUGAAAACGGUUCUGAGGUGCUGUUUUUAUGUGUGAUCAUCAAAUAGUUAAAAUCUUGUGAUAGCUGUAGUUCAAGACUUCCAAACUACACCACUGCACGAUAUUACAAUCUUUUUUAUAAAGUGACAUUGGGAGGUAUUUGAAUGGAUUGGGAGAAUCCAGCCUUCUGUGAUGUGAUCAGUCAAAGUGCAACACGUUCAAAUUGUAAGAAUCCAGUGUGAUGGGGUCAUCAUGCAUCCCACCUGAAUACAAUAUGCAUCCUGUCCUAAAAAAAUAAUAAUACAGGGUGCAUACUGAUAUAAAUGGAGUAUAUCCCAAUGUGUUAGGUCCUAGAAGACACACACUGGAACUUGUAGUAAAUAUUUAUUUUAUUUGCAAUAUUUAUAUUCCACCUGUCUCACCCCGAAGAGGAUGCAGAGCAGAUCACAGAACACAUGUACAGCAAACAUUCAGUGCCAUUAUAUGCUGACAAGACAGACAUCUGUACAUAGAUAGAGGUAUAUAUAGGCUUUCCCAUCUUUGGCAUCUUGGAGGCUGUGCUCGGUUCCAGCCACGAGGGGUGUGGAGGUUGCUGUCUUGCUCUAAAGAUCAAGAGCUUUGUUCAUAAACUUCCUCCUUGAUGGAAUCGGCAUUUUCUGGCAUUUCCUUAUGGGUACCUUAAAAUAUUCCCUGCUUUAAAAUGGUACCUGUUUAUCUACUCACAUUUGUUUUCAAACUGCUAGGUAGGCAGAAACUAGGCUAAAGCCAGGAGCUCAUCCUGACCCAGGCUUCAAAUUGGCAACCUUUCAGUUGGCAAGAUUUACUGCAGCUGGCAAUUAACCUGCUGUGCUAAAGCCCAAUCCAAGUAUCUAGAGUUUUUUGCUCUUAACCCUUGCUUUGCGUAUCUAUGGGGUUUGUGGCCAUUUGGGCUGUUGGAUCAGGUCUAUUUUAGCUGCUCCAUUGUUCAAAUGCAUAUGGCCAUCACCAUCUUUUUCCUGUGCUGAUCAGUGCAGAGGAGCUCCCUGAAAGUGCCUGGGCAUUGUGGUUUCAUCUUCAGAAGUUGGAAUUGAGUGCCUAUCUGAUCAGGAAGAAGAAAGGGGCCCAUUUUACUGAUCUAAUCUUGGGUUGGCCAGACACGAAUGCAAAGGGUUCAUAGUGGUCCAUGUGGCCUCCAUCAUGGCUGAUUCUGACCCAGUCCAGUACAUAAUGCUAGAGCCAUUCAAUCAAUGGCUUAAUGGUGAAUCAACACUAAUGUAAAAUCAAUUGAUUUAAUUAUUCUACUUUUUCACGUCUCACAAUUGGCUUGAAGCCAAUGGGUUUUAUUAGCUGAACUCAUGCAGGAAACACUAUUGAGUUCAAUGGAAAUUUGUCUGAAGUGACUGUGCACAUGACUGUAAUCGUGCUGAUUGUAGUAGAAUGGAUAAUAUGUGAUCUUUCUGGCAGGUGGGAAUGUUACAUUUGGGGGCCAUGAAUCCCAGAAUCACCCAGCUAGCAAAGCCACUGCCUAUACGGGAUGCUGGGAAUGUCAAUCCAAAAAGUAAAUCUGCUCUGGGGAAAUUGUGUGUGAGUGUGUAAGUGAGUAGCCACACUGGCAUCAUGAAUUUCCACACUGCAGAAUUUACCUGUUCAUCACAAGUUGCCUCUUCUAAGAUGUAAUGCCAUUUAAAGGAGGAAGGAUAGAAUAGGUUUUCUUCUUUAGGACAAUCGUUCUUGCUUAUAUGCAAAUAUGUGCAGAACUAAUUAAUUAAGUAGCUGAUUAAUCAAUUAAAACUCAUACGAUUAAUUGACUAUAUUUCCUUUAAGCUGUGUUACAGCCCUAAUUUCUUUGUUUCAGGGUUUUGUUUGCUAGCUGUUUGGCAUUGCUUCCCAACUGAUUUUCCUUCCUUGUUUCCUUGCUUCCUUCCAUCCAUCCUUAUCUCUCCUCUCCUUCCUUCUUUCGCCUACCCUUUCUACCAAUCUUUAAUUGGGAAAAUAAAGGUUUUAUCUGCUGACAGGGCAACUGUACAUAAAUUAAUAUCUUACAAGGAUGGCUGAGGGGAGGAGAAAAAGACAUUAAGUAGUCAUUCUGUCUAAUUGAGUCAAAGAUUCAAUUGAGUCUUAGAAGACAAGAUAUCUUCUUUAGUGGUCUCCGCACUGCUUUUGUGGACGAGGACAGGAAAUUUGGGAGGGGAUAGGCGUUUCUGUGUUUGCUACAGCCAUUUUGCCAAGGAAAAGAGUAAGCAGCAUUACUAUUGGACAUAUUAGGGAAAUGUAUGUUUGGUCCAGCUGGGUAAACAGCUGUAUGGAGGAUAGGCGUGUGGUUGGGUGACAAUCAGGAAAAUAGCACAUAGAGGAAAGGCCAGCACUCCCCCUCCGCACUGCAACUUUGAACUUAAUCCUUCCCCUUCUUUUACAAAAUGUCCAAAGAUGGACAUUGACUCUUCUCAGUUGUCUCUUCUUUAAAUUGCUCAACAAGCAACUGAUAAGAAAAAACAGGUCUAGAAUCCUGACAUCGUUCCGAUUCCAGAAGUGAAUCAAAGAUGCAGGUUGCUUGGAAGCAUCAGGCUCCAAUCCAACACAGGGUACUUACAUCAACUGAAUAAUAUGCCAAAGAGGAUGAUAGCUUGUAGUAGGCCUUGGGAUCAAUCCACAACAUUGCCUGAGAAAGAGCGGGAGCCACACAUGAGGAGAAGAAAAAGAUGGUGCCACCUUCAUUACCAGUACAAAAUCAGACUGGUAGUUGAAUCCACGACAGUGUGGUAUUACCCCAUCUGUUGAUGGGGCAAUAGCCUCCAACAUAACUGAAGGCAGUUGGCUAACAUAAGUGUGCAAUGCAAACCACUUGGCUCAUAGUUGUUCUUCAAACCUUGCUACCACUGCCUGGCAUCUGCCACUUGAGGCAACUGUCUUGUUCUGCCUAAUGUCAGAGCAGUGGAAGGACUGGUGGCCCAACUCAGGAUAACCAUACAUCUACAUUGUAGAAUUGAUACUAUGGAAUUCUUGGAGUUGUGGCUUGGUGAGGCACCAGCACUCUUUUGCAGAGAAGGCUAAAGACUUUGUACAAUGUCAGCUCCUGUGAUUACAUAGCAUUGAGCCAUAAAGUGGUGUCAAAUUGCAUUCAUUCUACAGUGUAGAUGCACUCUACGACUGGGAUCUUCGUGAUGAACUACACCAGUGAACCAUGCUGGCACAAAUGUUGGUGUCAAGAAAAAAAUGCUGCAGCCAGAAAGGGAGUUAUGCAGUGGAGAAAUUGGCUGCUGGAAUGGAGAGAUAGUUUUUAGGCCAGUUCCUGGGGUUCAGAAAAUUGCAUUGGAUAGACCACAUCAGCUCUAAUUUCUUAGCUAUGGCUAUCAUGAUUUUCUAUGGGAAAAUCAUGAUAGCUUUUUUUUGUGUGUGUCAGGAGUGACUUGAGAAACUGUAAGUUGCUUCUGUUGUGAGAGAAGGACAUUGCCCAGGGGAUGGCCGGAUGUUUUGAUGUUUUACCAUCCUUGUGGGAGACUUCUCUCAUGUCCCCGCAUGAGGAGCUGGAGCGGACAGAGGCAGCUCAUCCGCACUCUCCCCGUAUUCGAACCUCCGACCUGUCGGUCUUCAGUCUUGCUGGCAAAAGGGUUUAAUCCAUUGCACCACCAGGGAAAGCAGGUGAAGACUGGUAGAUGUUUUCUGUAUCUCAAAAACUAGAGUGAAUAGAGGAAAACCGGUGCCAUUUUGGUAAUCAGCAGGUCAAAGAUACUCAUAAACCGGACUAAUAUUUGAGACACCAAAAUGUAUAGUGGCCAGUGUAAAGCCCAAAUCUUGUUAGUCACAUAAGUGUGGCUUAUGCCAUGUGCUCAUUUUUGGAUGGGCUACAAGCGACUACUCUGUGGACCCCAAGCCUCUACCCAGCAGCUUUCAAGUUCAGGGAGGAGCUGUCACUGCUGCUUACCAGUGCGGACAGGACAAAGGGGAGGCAAUUGCAGAGUUGAUGAUGUCUUCUGCACUAUCUUCAUGAAUGCAUCCUUUUUGCCUUCCCCUUAAAAACCAGAGCCUCUUCACUGGCAGGAUUGCCUCCCCGCUCUGUGACCUCCUCAUGCAAAAGCAGCAGAAGCAGCCCCUUCUUGGGUAUGAGAUACUGGGAUGGAUAGAGGACAGCAAACUAUGUGGGCAGAUCAUUGCACCCUACAUUGCUGUUGCGGGAUCUUGGCCUUUUUGUGCCUUCUUUUCCUCACGACCAUCGUAGGAGCAAUGAGAGGUAUCUAGAGGAUUUGGGCAAAGUGCAUCCCUUGACAUUCUUAAAUCAUUUCCUUUAGUCGAAUGAAAUGAAAUAAGCAACAACCUGAACAUUUCCCAUCCUUUCCAGGGAUUCAAAAAACGACGCACAAGUUGGUGAGCUUUUUCAGCCAUUUCUAGAUGUAACCAUUUAUAUAGAAACAAUCACUGGUAGACUUUAAAAAUAGAGGCGUGGUGUUCAAUGCUGUGUGUGUGUGUAUGUGUGUAUGUGUGUGGGGUGAGCUUUCUGAAUCCCCAAGAAGCAAUUAAAAUCACCAUUUUAAAAAGGAUUUCUCAAAAAGACGUGCGUGGCUUUGAAACUGACAAGAUCAAAAGACAUCUAAAGUGUGGCACAGUUUCUAGAUUAAAAUUGCAUAUAAAUUGCUUUGCUCUCCAGUAGAUGUUGUAUUACCCUUUCCUAGGAACAAGCCCAUAAAGGUGCUUUUUAGGAGUGGUUAAUUAUUUAAGUAGUGAAAAUGGCCACACUUUGAGAAUAUUGAAAUCCUAGAAAUCGGAAAUGUAUUUAUUUAUUACUGUUGAAUGUAACAUGAAGCACUGUGAAAUGAUUUCUUGAAGGUUUUCUUUGGGUGGGGAGGGGGGAGCUUUGGAAGUACAACACCAUGUGACCAAUUCAAUUCCGGGUUUGUUUCCAAAUGCCACAGACACGGAGGUGAUGCAUGCAUGCACACUUCCAGCAUAACAAUAUUAUUGUGUUGAGGCUAUGCACAAUAAAGAUUCCUAUCAGCCAUAUGGGUUGACGAAUGGAGCUCACAGUUAAUGAAAUUAUAUAUUCGAGAUGUACAGAACACCGAAUGAGAACAAAAUAUUCUGAGUAUGUUUUAUUUUUGAAAGAUGUUUAUAUUAUAAUCACAUACAUCAUCGUGUAAUGUGCACCCAAAGGAUUAUGUUAAACACUAGCUCCAUUGUAACAAAGCCUGGCAACAGCGUGUGGCGCAACAGAAAUAUUAUGUUCUGAAUAGAUUGCAACAAACUGGAAAAGUUAUAACUCAGAGAAAUUUUCCCCAUCAUCAUGAUUUUGUCAUACGACCCAUUUGUUAAGAAAGUUUGCAGCAGGACAAAUCUAGGUUCAAAUGGAAAUCUGUCACAUUGUUCUGGGAUGCACGUUGCAUGAUGCUGUAAUUCUGUGACAAUUGAUUUGCUUGUCAGAAUAAUCAAAUAGAGAAUUCAGAAAAUGACUUUAGGAUUGCAAUCUCCAGAAUUCGAGGUCAGCUUAGAUCAAGCAUGAGCAAACUUCAACCCUGCGGGUGUUUUGGAGUUCAACUCCCACAAUUCCUAACAGCCUACUGGGAGUUGAAGCCCAAAACAUCUGGAAGGCCAAAGUUUGCCCAUGCCUGGCUUAGACACCACCAAUGGGAAUUCUGGGAGUUGGAAAUCCAGUCACAUUUCCAAGCUUUUGUCAGGAGUACCAAAAUCAGGAUAUUUAGUCCCUAAAUCGGAAACUCCCAACAGUUAUAGGCUCUUUUAAGAUUAAUAGAUCUCAACCUUUCUCAACCUUUUGUCCUCCAGAUUGUUGAUACUUAAACUACCAUAAUUCUUGACUGCUCACCAUGCUGGCUAGGCAAUUGGUGAGCUGAAAUUCAAAACAUCUAGUAGCAAAGGAUGACAAAAACGUUGACCAUGUGAAACAGGGUAUAUUCAGUGUGUCAUUCUCCAAAACCAAAGUAUGGAUUUGCCCUCCUACCCUUCCCCAGCCCCCUACAGCUAGAGCUAUGAGAAAGAAUGGCUGUGUGUGAUGUCUGAGAAGAAAAGUUGAUGGAUCUAAGCAAAGAGAAGGCCUUUGAGGGUCUCAAUGCUCACUUCAUAUUUGAAGUUACCUUUACAGGUCACCAAGGGUUCAUCUACAUCAGUGGUUCCCAACCUUUUUUUGACUAGGGACCACUUGACCAGGAACCAUUUUGACUAGGGAUCGCUCUCCAACAUUAGUACCAAAAGGGUUACAAAUCAGUUUUUGGUUAACUUUAGAUUCGGUUUGGUUAUUUUGGGUUCUGAUUCAGAAAAUUGCAUUGGCUAGACCACAUCAGCUCUAGUUUCUGAUACAGAAUAUAUGCCAUCCAGUAGGUGCUAUCUGCUCGCCCACAGAAAACCAUAUUUAAUAAGAUUUGGCACUAUAAGAAGGUUUUGUGAGUCCAGUCACUCUCGUUGCAAUGGCAUUGUAACAGUGAGGCUGCGGACCGUAUUUUAGUUCUUGCGGACCACUGGUGGUCCACAGACCAUAGGUUGGGAACCACUGAUCUACACAUACCCUUUUCCUGCCAAAAAAGUGCAGUGUGGAAUUAUAUCUACAAAGGCUGCAUGAUGGAUUGGAAGUAAUUUGUGUUAAUAGGGGCCAAGGCCACCUGAUCUGUUCUUGAACGACCUUAACAAAAGUUGUGGAUUCAUGGAAGCUCCGGAUCUCAUCCACAUUUUGGCCAGUGUAAGUUGUAUUGUUUUCUCUUUGGGAAGCAACCCCAAUUGUUUACACCACCAGUCCAAGGCCAGGUGAUGGCAUCUACCGUGCUGUGUCAUUCCGGGUUUUGUGGUGCCCAUUGGGCACAAAAAUUGUGAUGUUUGUUGCUUGGUUCCUGUAGUUACACUAGCCAAAGUCACAAGGUGAUUGGAGAAAGGAAAGGGAAAAGGAGCCCCCCUCAUUUCCUCCAUCUCCUUUUUUUUUUUUGGUAGUUUUGACACUCUGGCUAUUGUCAUUACAGGUGCCAGGCAGUGACCAGCACCAUUUUCGUGUCUGGUGGUCACUCCAAAGUCCAGAACAAUGGGGACAAGCAAGGUGAUGGUCCAUUGAGCCAGCUUGGGGGCAUGCAAUGCAGCCACCAUCUUGCCCUUGAGCUGGCUCAGCAUCUCACUGUGCAGAUCAUGGUGACACUAAUCUAACAUUUCCCACUCUGGAUCAGCAUUGCUGUUCAUGUUGAUGCACCUAGAACUUUUCCUCUUCUUUUUGACUAGAAAAUAGGGAAUUUUAUGGUAUCCCUCAUUAUGGGGGACCACCACUUGAUGAAGAGGGCAAACUUUAAUAAUCACGUUAGUAUCCCUGAGGGACUUUUCUUUUGUCUACAUGACAAUCACUAGGGUACCAAUUGGUGCAAAAGACUAAGGCUUUGGUAAACACAUAAAGUAACACAUAUGUUGCUUCCUAACUGUGGUCCCCAAGUGGCAUCUAUUUUGUCCCAUAGAACCAUUAACAACCAAGACUGCCAUUAUCUAGAUAGAAUCCAGACUGUACCAUUUAUUUAUAUAGCCUUAAUCUGUAGUUUCUAUAUCAUGUUAGGUGGUUACCCCAGCCCUGUAGUAGACUUGCUUGUCACCAGAAAUGGUCCGGAAGUCACUUUUGCUUAUGUCGUCCAAGUGCUGGCUGGCAUUUUAAGGCAUGGGAGUAUUGUUGCCGUUCUUGUGUGAGUCUACAGGUGUGAAAGAGCAGUUGUCUUUCAGGUGAUUUUUGCCUGAAGUAUUUGGGCUGUGUGAAGAGUUUUAGAGUGUUGGUUGUGGGUGUGGGGCAGCCUGUGUUCCAUGUUUUCCAUUUAUCUGUUUUAGUAGUAGGGCUGAAAUCAUGUGCCCAGUGUCCUGAAUUCAGUGGAAUUUAUUUUUGAGAAAAUGUGUGUAGGGUUGCACUGUAAACUGUAAGAUGCUCUAAAAGUUGUAAGAAUCUUGCCCAAGGCUUUCCCAGAGUGUAUUGGACAAAAAUCUGUAUCAUGUCAUAUAAAAGCUAUACAUUAUGUUCACGCUAUCAAUCAUACCCAGUUAUUGGUAAUGUAGAGAAAAACAUAUCUAUGUAGAAAUCUGGAAAUGUACAAAAACAGAGCUGUAAAUUAAGACAAAGAAAGAGGACUUUUUAAAAGAACAUGUAAUUUGUAUAUCACUUAAGUUAUAUAUGCCUUGGUUUCCUGCCUUUAAUUAUAUGAGCUAAUUCAUUUCUUUUUUGACAGGCAGAUAUCCAGACUAUUGCUAAGUGGCACUCUCUGGCUCGGGAAAAAUAGAGUGACAUUGUAAAACAUUUAAUGUGAGGAAAUAAAAAAAAUGUUCCUG